UCACCAGUCCGUGGGUGCCGCACGUUCGCCCCGUGAGCGCCCGUGAGCGCCCGCGCGCCUCUGGGAGCGCGCAGGACCCGUCCCUUCCAGCAGCGAGCAGCCAGCAGCACAUCCAUCCACCACAUCCUGCCGUGGAGCCCGGGACCGUGGAGCCAGCAGGAGCGCACACGCACACACGCACAGCCAGAGAAGAUGGACGGAGUGGGAUCGUUCGGAGCAGGCCGGACCGGGUCCACGCUGGACCCGAUCACGUUCGCCAAGCAGCCGCAGACCAUCUUAAGAGUGUUAUCCUGGAUCUUUUCCCUGGUGGUCUUUGCCUCCAUCGUGAACGAGGGGUAUGUGAACAUGGGAAGUGAGCGGCUCCACUGUGUCUUCAACAAAAAUGCGGAUGCGUGCAACUACGGUGUGUUCAUGGGCCUGGUGGGCCUGCUGGCCUGCUCAUUCUUCUUCCUGGUCGACUACAAGUUCUCCUCCAUCAGCUCCGUUAAAGACAGGAAGAAGGCUGUGAUGUUGGAGAUCGGCUUCUCGGGGUCUUGGACCUUUUUGUACUUUGUAAGUUUCUGCUUCCUGGCCAACCAGUGGUCUCGGACCAAGCCUGAGGACCUGCCACUCAACCAGGGGGCCGACGCAGCUCGGGCAGCCAUCGCCUUCUCUUUCUUCUCUAUUAUCACAUGGGCUGGUCUAACAGUCCGUGCAGUCCAGAAGUAUCUGCUGGGCACAGACAUGACCCUGUUCACCACUGAGCACAUGGAUGGGGGUGCUCCCACCCAGCCAUACCCCUCCAAUUCACCCGUAGGCGAGACCACCGAGACCACAGAGACCUACCAGAGCCCACCUUUCACUGAGAACAACUCAGCACCCACAUACCAGGUUCCCAUUUAUUAGAAAAGAUCGCCCUGAUAGUGGAGGAGGGAAUGUGGGAGAGAGUUUCACAUGAGGGGAGUCUCCAGCCCUCCGCGGUUUCACUUUCAAUUGCAGUCGUUUGUGUUGUCGCGGGCUGAGUUUUCAAUUACUGUUCAAGAAGUGGCCUCCGCUUCUGUGUUCCUCCUCUUGGUGCCCUGCACUUUCGGAACAUUCCAGCUUCACCUGAAUUUUUCUAGUCCUUGCCUUUUGGAAAUUCCAUUUCCCCUUUGCAUCAGAGCGGACGAAUCAAAACUAAAAGUACAGGAGGAAAAGCAGAAGAGGAGGCCACUUCCAAGCAUUCAAACGCUUUCCUUUUUUUGACAAAACAAAAACAAAAAAAAACAACUCAACCGAGUGAUCCUGCAACAACAAAGCUGUUUGAAAUGACUGAAGGCAGCGCAAGAGCCGCUCGCUUAUGAAACCAUCCAAUUUCAGUAUUUAAGGGGUCAAAGGUCAACCGUCGUUUCCAACCACGGCGGGGAAUGUUCGUUUUCCUCCUUUAGCUGCAGCCACGGCUCCUCCCACAGUUACGGGUGAUCGUUUGCGUUAAACCUGCAUGUUUCCCAAACUUAGACAUCAACUAAGUGCCAUACUGUACUGUGUGUCUCAGACAGUGACUUAAUUUAGUGGAUUUCCACAUGCUGUAAAAAAAAUCAUAAAAAAAUCAAAACACAAACAAACAAACUAAAAAAAAAAAAACUGAAAAUGUUUUGUGAUCUAGUGCAAUAUCUCACGUUCUUCUCUCGGUAGGUAUAUGCUGUACAGUGUUAGGGUCAGACUAGUUGAACUUAAGGCGCUGUCUCAAAUGACAUGCCAGUUUCUGAAUAGUACUAAUACAUCUCAGGCAAAUUACGCAGGGGCUGCAAACACGAAAGCAGGCUAGAUUAAUUAAAGAACGUCGUUGACCUAACCGGCCUUUGCUGCUGGAAGCGAUUGUUUGUUUUGUUGUCAGGCAGUCAAAAAAAAAAAAAAAAGAGAUCCGGUAUGCCUCAUCAUCCAUCCACGGUGCAAGAGAAUCCACACACGCGCGUGUGUGUGUGUGUUAUCUGAAACGGAGACAGUGUCCAGUGAC